AUUCUGUCAUUCUGUAACAGAUAUGGAUACCAAAGUCAAAGCAAUGAUCAAGCUUAUAGAAGAAGAUGCAGAUUCAUUUGCAAGGAGGGCGGAGAUGUAUUACAAGAAACGUCCGGAGCUUAUGAAACUAGUUGAGGAGUUCUACCGGGCAUAUCGUGCACUUGCAGAAAGAUAUGGUCAUGCUACUGGUGUGAUUCUCCAGGCUCACCAGACUAUGGCAGAAGCUUUUCCAAAUCAAGUUCCCUUGACAUUUGCUGAUGAUUUGUCUGCAAAUUCGGUCUCUGGGAGUGACCCUAGAACUCCUGAGAUUUCAACCCCUGUAAGUGCAUUACGUGAAAUGAAUAAGAAUGCUGUGGAACUCUCUUCAUCUUAUUUUCAUUCUGCCGCACAGAUUGAAGAAUUCACAACUGAGUCCAUCCCUGACUCUGUAAAGGGAACAAUUGGUUCAGAACAGUUCAAUGAUCUCUUUUGGCCUGGUGAUCAUGCUAGAUUGAUGGAAGGGACGGUGAGAAAGGGCCUUAAUUUUGAUGAAACAGAGGAGAAACAACAAAGUGUUCAGUCGGAGGAGAUUCUGAUCUUGAAGGAAACCAUUGCUCGGAUGGAGGCCGAGAAGGAAGCUGUCCUUGUUCAGUAUCAACAGAGUCUGGAUAAAGUAUCCAAGCUUGAAACUGAUAUUUCUCUUACCCGAGAGGACUCAAAAGUUCUUAGUUAUCGUGCAAGUAAUGCAGAAAAUGAAGUUGUUAUCUUGAAGGAAUCACUGUCCUACUUGGAAGCUGAAAAGGAGGCUACCCUUAAAAGGUACCAUCUAUGCUUGAACAUGAUAGCUGAUCUUGACAAUAUUAUUUCUAGUGCCCGAGAUCGUGCAAAGGAACUUAAUGAAAAAGCCAGCAGAGCAGAAGCUGAAGCUCAAUCUUUGAAAGAUGCAUCUCACAAUCAGUACAUGCAAUCUUUGGAGAAAAUAGGGAACCUGGAGAACAAACUACAAAUUACUGACAAAGAAUCAAUAAUGAUGAAAGAUCGAGCAGAAAAGGCAGAAAGUGAGGUUGAGAUUCUGAAGCUGACCGUUUCCAAAUUUACUAAAGAGAAGGAAGCUGCGACUCUCCAACACCAGAAAUGCUUGGAGAUGAUUUCCAGUCUAGAGCACAAAGUCAUAUGUGCCAAGGAGGAGGAACAGCGGUUAACUGUCGAGGUAGAUAUUGGAGCUUCCAAAUUUAAAGAUGCUGAAGAGCAAUGUCUUCUGUUAGAAAGAUCAAAUCAAUCUCUUCGCUCCGAGGUGGAAUCCUUGAUGUUGAAGAUGGAAACUCAAACUCAAGAACUUACGGAGAAGCAAAAGGAAUUGGGAAGACUUUGGAUUUGUAUACAGGAAGAGCGCUUGCAUUUUGUGGACACUGAAAAAGCUUUCCAAGCUUUGCAGCAUUUACACUCUCAAACUCAGGAAGAACUGCGAUCUAUGGCUUCAGAAUUGCAGAAGAGGGCUCGAAUUUUGAAAGUUGUAAAGACCCGAAACCGGAGUUUAAAAGAUGAUGUCUUCAAGUUUAAGAAGGAGAACAAGAACUUGGAUGAGCUCAAUGCAUCUUCAGCCUUGUCGAUGAAGUAUAUGCAAAAUGAGAUCUGUAGCUUAAAAGAAACGAAAAGGAACAUUGAGGGGGAACUUGAACUUCAACUCAGUCAAAGUAAUGCACUUCAAAACGAAGUUCACUGCCUUAAAGAAGAAUUAAAUGAUUUGAACAAGAGACACCUUUCAUUUUUGGAGAAGGUGGAUGCCAUAGGCCUGAACCCAGAGUCCUUAGAAUUAUCAGUGAAGGAAUUACAGGAUCAGAAUUUUAAUCUGAAGGAAACUUGCAACAGAGAAAGAAGUGAUAAAGUAAUUCUAUUGGAGAAGCUAGAGAUUUUGGAGCACCUCCUGGAGAAACAUUCAAUUUUAGAAACUUCAAUGGAGCAAUCCCAUGAAUCUCUUUCAGAGGAGAAAUUGAUUCUUCUUGAUGAGAACACUACACUCAUGACUCAGCUACAGGUAACACGUGAGACUCUAGAGCAACUCUCACAGAAGAACACUGUUCUUGAGAAUUCCCUUUCUCAUGCUCAUGAUGAACUUCAAGCUCUGAAGGAUAAAUCUAAAAGCUUAGAAGAUUCAUGUCAGUUACUUGUCACAGAGAAGAUUGAUCUGGUUAGAAAGAAGGAGGCUCUAACUUCUCAGCUUGAAAGCACUCAAAUAAGAUUGAGGGCUGGGGAGUGCAAAGUCGAUGAACUAAUGACUGAGAUAGGCAAUUUACACAGGAAGUUAUUGGAUGUGCAGGUGGCUUGCCAGAAGUUACAGAAACAGAAUUUAGAAAUUUGCGAGGAGAAAAGAUCCUUGGCAGACAAGUUCUUACAAUUAAAGGAAAAGAAUCUCAUCAUAGAAGAGGAAAAUUCUGCUUUAUGUUGCAAAAUGUUAGCUCUAGAUAACUUCUCCUCGAUUAUCAAAGACUGUGUUCGUGAGAAAUUCAUGGUAUUAAGAGAACUUGGUGAUGAUCUAAAUAAACUUCAUGGUGACAAUGGUGCUAUUAUAGGAAUGUUAAGCUCAAAUGAGAGGAGGUUGAAAGAUUUACAAAUGGAAAAUCUUCAUCUCCAUGAGAGAUUGCUGAUGACAGAGGAUGAAUUGAAAAUUGUCUCCAUUGCCAAAGAUCAGCUGAAUAACGAGAUUGAAAAUGGAAAGAGUGUGUUACAUCAAAACAAACUGGAACUUCAGGAUGCUCAAUGGAAGAUAAAUCUGAUCAAAACUGAGAAGUUCAAAUUGAGAGAUAAUAUGGAAGAUUUGAUGAUGAAGUAUAAUGAGCUCAAUAAGAUUAGAGACUGCCAAGAAAAUCAGAUUUUCAAACUCUCUGAGGAGAAUGGCCAACUAAGUAUGGAGAAUGACGUAUUGGAGGCUCAUGCUACAUUGGUUUUUGGUCAAUUACAGUCCUCUAUAGUCAGCCAGCAUCUCUAUGAGCAGAAGUUUCAUGAGCUCUACAAAGCUUGUGUUGGCUAUAUAGAUGAAAAUGAAGGUCUCGAAAGUCAACUGACUGCUUAUGGGGCUGCAAUAAUUUCUUUGAAGGAAUGCAUUUCAUCCCUGGAGAACCACACCAAUUUAUACGUCAACCUUCGAAAUCCUAAACAUGAGGAAAUGGAGGGUAAUCAAUUGAUGAAUCAUUCAUGUGGAAACCAUUUAAAUGAAGUUGAGAAGACCACAGUACCAGAUACAUUAUCAAACUUGCAAAGUUUGCAAGCUAGGAUUCAAGCCAUUGAAAAGGCAACAGUCGAGAUGACACACCUCCUUUUUCAGGAAAACAUUGAUCUUCAUUCCAGUCUUGAAUCCGCAAUGGGCCAAAUUGAAGAGUUAAAAUCAAAGAACAGCCAGUCUAGUAGAAAUCUGAAGCCAAUAUCCGAAAUAUCUGAGGCAGAGAAAUCACUUCUAACAAAGGAUAUCAUGCUUGAUCAGAAAUCUGAAUGUUCAUCCCCUGGAAAUAAAUGGAAAGAACAGGUUGCAACUGAUAAUCAAGUCUUAGAAUUAUGGGAAGCUGCAGAUAGAGAUGGAAGCAUCGGGCUCACUGUUUGCAAGUCAAAGAAAAUGAUUUCACCAUCAGCUGAUAAAAUCACUGAUUUCUGUCGGGUUAAAUCAAUAAACAAAAGGAAAGAUAAAUCUCUUAUUUCAGAUGCAUCGAUUGAAAAUGAGUUGAGUGUGGACAAGUUAGAGAUCUCCAAACGAUCGACUGAGGCCCUUCGGAAAGAGAAUAAGAAGAAUAUCUUAGACAGGCUUAACUUGGAUACUCAGAAACUGAUGAAUCUUGAAAUUACAGUUCAAGACUUAAAGAGGAAUCUCGAAAUUACUGAGAAGAGCAAAAGGGGAAAAGCUGUUAUUGAAUGUGAGAAACUGAAGGGACAGCUUGAAGAAGCUGACAUGACCAUCCUGAAGUUGUUUGAUCUCAGCAAGAAAUUGAUGAAACGUGUUGGAAACAGCUCCUUCUUCGAUGCCAACUCCUCAUUUGAGUCUGACGAGGAUGGAAGUGCUAGCAGGCGGAGAAUCUCAGUCCAGACUAGAAGAAUUUCUGAAAAAAUUGCGCGAUUGCAAUUGGUUGUACAGAAGUUCCAGUUUGUUUUGCUGAAACUUGAUGGUGAAAAGGAAGUGGGGGUUAAAUCCACAAUGUCUGAAACAAGAAGAAGAAUUCUUCUGCGGGAUUAUCUUUAUAAUGGGAGAAGAACGAUUCACAGGCGAAAGAAAUCACAAUUUUGUGCAUGUGCACAGCCUUCAACGACAGAAGAUUGAGGAUCAAGCAUCGAAAUGAGGUUUGUCUGCAUGUUAAAAGUAGUUUUAAUUAGUGU